AUGGCUCUACAAAAAAACAGAGGAAAUAAAAUUGGUAAACCACACACAGUACCCUGCAAGGUGACUGGCAAAUGUGGCAGUGUUACCGUGAGGCUGAUUCCAGCUCCUAGAGGUACAGGCAUAUUGUCUGCUCCAGUUCCAAAGAAAUUGUUGCAAAUGGCUGGUGUUGAAGAUUGUUACACCUCUUCCAAUGGUUCAACUUGUACUUUGGGUAAUUUCGCCAGGACCACAUUUGCAGCCUUUGCAAAGACUUACGCUUACCUUACCCCUGCUUGGCUGAUGAACUCAUCAACGCAGCAAAGGGAUCAUCAAAUUCUUAUGCUAUCAAGAAGAAGGAUGAGUUGGAGAGAGUAGCCAAAUCCAACCGUUAAAAUUUUUUUUUAAUGUAUGAUAAUUUAAGGAAUAAAAAAUUCUUAUUCCAUA